GCUUGUUUAUUUACGGUUAUUCGUAGCUUACGGGCAGCCGUAACAGCCGUGUCUCGCGAUAAGUUUGACGACAAGUUUACAAUGUCCCUCAACUAACGAGAUUAUUCUGAGCGCGGGCAAUUUAUCGCGUGUAGUGAUUGACCUUCCUGUGUAUCUUGCAUUUUUCAGAGAGGUAUCCACCAGCCAGCUAGAUUUCUUCAAGAUGCUCGACGAGAAAAUCGAGAAUGGUCCGGACUACGACGAGAGCCUCGACACGAGCAACAGAGCCGAACGAGUGUCCAACCUGCUCCGACGCUGGGAACUCGCCAGCGUCACCUGGUCCAGUGUCUCCGAUCUGAACAACACCUCCUCGCCGUCUAACCAGAAGAGUCGCGCGUCCGUGUUGAGCAGCUCCAGACAGAGCCUAAGCGCCACGGAUCGGGAAGGCAUGAGGAACAUAGUGGGCGGCAGGCCGGAGAGCGCACCCAUCUACGUACGAAACGCUAAUCGCAUGGACGGCCUGCAGGACAGCCAUUGUCCGUCGCCGAAUAUGCCGAGGCACGUGCUCGAAUCUAUCAGUCAGAGCCCGACGCAAAGCGUGAAGAACUCGGCGACACCGCCGGGAUGCGCGUCACCCAUCAUCGGUUCGUGUUAUCAUCAGGAUGACUAUGGCAAGGAGUGCACCUCGGCAGCCGAGCAACGGCAGCAGCAGCAGCAGCAUCAGCAUCAGCAACAACACAGCAAGAAACAUUCGCCGUACGCCGCCGGUCCGAAUCCGAUGAACGGCGAAUACGUGACGCAGCAGGCGCUCUACCGCGAGCAAUACCUGCAACAGACCGGCAUAAUCUCCGUGGCACCACCCCAGUACUCGGCCGCCGGUGCGCCCGGCGGCAACGUUCUCAGGAACAAUCCGUACGUUCAGCACUUUCAGAUCGCGAACCCCCAGCAUCCCUUCUCCGCGCCGAGGAGACGCGGCUUCAACGCCGCGCAAAUGACGUGACCGGGAUGGGAGCGAUCGGCGAGAUAAGACUGAACUCUACGAGGAUCGCCGGGGGAUCGGGGAGGAGAGAGCCGGUCCUAUCAAGGGCCGCCGCGAGGGAUGAUCGGCGGCGACAGCAGCACGUCGAACAGCCGUAAGAGAAGGGGAGAAAGAUGAUGAGCUUCCUGAGUUUGCUAACUAAUAGAAAGGCAGCGGGGGAAGGUGAGGAGGAGGAGGAGGAGGAGGAG